AUGUCCGACGUUGGCAAGGAUCAAGCACCAGCUAUCUGGUUCACAGGCUUCGUAUUCGGCGCUCUUAGUACUGUCGCCGUUAUCUUGCGUUUCACAUCGAGACUCAUCAAGACAGCGCACUGUGGGUGGGAUGAUUGGACUAUACUGCUGGCACAGGUGAUAUUUAUUGUUGCGCUUGGUUUGGAACUGAGAGGAGUGAAAGCACUUUCCGCCAUCACAAAUGGUGCCGAGGACCCUAAUUAUCAGACUUACGCAAAGUUUAUAUAUAUUUACGGGCCAUUCUACUUCCCAGCGAUCGGUAUCACCAAUAUUUCUGUUCUGCUGCUGUAUCGCCGCAUCUUUGAGACGAGCUGGUUUAGCCGCAUCUCGCUUUAUUUCAUCAUAGUCCAGGCGCUUUGGACUAUUGCUGGCACGAUCGUGCAAAUCUGGGUCUGCAAUCCACCGUCAUCAUGGUGGACAUCCCCGAAGCCGACUUGUAUCCUCUACGGCAUCUUCUGGCUGACAAUGAUGCUGAUUGAGCUCUUGUUAGAGUGCCUCAUGUUGAUCCUGCCAGUGAAUGAAGUGCGCAAAUUGCAGCUGUCAAAGAAUCGCAAAAUCAUUGUUGCAGGGAUUUUUUUACUUGGUGGCUGUGUCAUAAUCACCGCCAUAAUUCGUAUCGCAGUAUCCUACCAAGAUCCCAUUGGGCUGCAGGUGAACAAAGAUGCCCUCUGGAUGAACGUUCAUGUUGGCAUAGCCAUUGUUUCCGCCUGUCUGCCGACAUAUAAGCCCCUCGUCUCGACCAGCUUCGAUCACAUCCGGUCAUACUACUCAUAUGCCAUAAACAGCACUGGCAGCCGCACUGAAUAUUUGAAGUCGCAGUCAAAGACAGGCGCUGUCGAGUUGAUUGACAGAGAUAUAUCCAAUAAUAGCAGCACUUCAGUCCAUAACGGUAGCAAAUUCAGCGUAAAUGCAGGAAACAGCGACAAAUACCUUGCUCAAUACUCUGUCCCUUACCCUCAAGGCAGCGAUGAUGACGGUGUCAGACUUGUUCAGGUGCAGAAGUCGCAUGGACCGGCGAGCUGGGACGGCGAUUACGUGUAACCGGCGAGGUGCGUUUUUUUUCAUUUCCACGGGCUCGCUGUUUCUGUUUCUUCCUUAUCUCUCUCUCUCUACAUUUCGAGGUUAGGGUUUUAUUUGUACUGAGAUAUCCGUUUGCAAAUAUUAACCGUGCAAAAUCUCUGUGGUAAUAUAUGGAUAGAAGGAAUCCUAUAUACAUGGGAAUGCUGUCUGGUGCCCGUGGUUCGUAGGACGUGUCAUAAUUGAGAUACAUCUACAGAAGCGUUAUGG